GCUGCCGUCGUAGCGUCACGUCCGGUCUCGGGCGGAAGUUUUCCGGCGGCGUACCGGGAAGUCGCUGAAGACAGAGCGAUGGUAGUUCUGGAGGCCUCGCUCCGGGGCCGACCCGAGGCCACAGUGCCUCCGCGGUAGACCGGACUAGGGUGACGGGCUCCGGGCUCCCGAGGUGAAGAGCAUCGGGGGCUGAGGGAUGGAAGGGUCUAAGACGUCCAACAACAGCACCAUGCAGGUGAGCUUCGUGUGCCAGCGCUGCAGCCAGCCCCUGAAACUGGACACGAGUUUCAAGAUCCUGGACCGUGUCACCAUCCAGGAACUCACAGCUCCAUUACUUACCACAGCCCAGGCGAAACCAGGAGAGACCCAGGAGGAAGAGACUAACUCAGGAGAGGAGACAUUUAUUGAAACUCCUCGCCAGGAUGGUGUCUCUCGCAGAUUCAUCCCCCCAGCCAGGAUGAUGUCCACAGAAAGUGCCAACAGCUUCACUCUGAUUGGGGAGGCAUCUGAUGGCGGCACCAUGGAGAACCUCAGCCGAAGACUGAAGGUCACUGGGGACCUUUUUGACAUCAUGUCGGGCCAGACAGAUGUGGAUCACCCACUCUGUGAGGAAUGCACAGAUACUCUUUUAGACCAGCUGGACACUCAGCUCAACAUCACUGAAAAUGAGUGUCAGAACUACAAACGCUGUUUGGAGAUCUUAGAGCAAAUGAAUGAGGAUGACAGUGAACAGUUACAGAUGGAGCUAAAGGAGCUGGCACUAGAGGAGGAGAGGCUGAUCCAGGAGCUGGAAGACGUGGAAAAGAACCGCAAGAUAGUGGCAGAAAAUCUCGAGAAGGUCCAGGCUGAGGCUGAGAGACUGGAUCAGGAGGAAGCUCAGUAUCAGAGAGAAUACAGUGAAUUUAAACGACAACAGCUGGAGCUGGAUGAUGAGCUGAAGAGUGUUGAAAACCAGAUGCGUUAUGCCCAGAUGCAGCUGGAUAAGCUGAAGAAAACCAACGUCUUUAAUGCAACCUUCCACAUCUGGCACAGUGGACAGUUUGGCACAAUCAAUAACUUCAGGCUGGGUCGCCUGCCCAGUGUUCCCGUGGAAUGGAAUGAGAUUAAUGCUGCUUGGGGCCAGACUGUGUUGCUGCUCCAUGCUCUGGCCAAUAAGAUGGGUCUGAAAUUUCAGAGAUACCGACUUGUUCCUUACGGAAACCAUUCAUAUCUGGAGUCUCUGACAGACAAAUCUAAGGAGCUGCCGUUAUACUGUUCUGGGGGGUUGCGGUUUUUCUGGGACAACAAGUUUGACCAUGCAAUGGUGGCUUUCCUGGACUGUGUGCAGCAGUUCAAAGAAGAGGUUGAGAAAGGCGAGACACGUUUUUGUCUUCCCUACAGGAUGGAUGUGGAGAAAGGCAAAAUUGAAGACACAGGAGGCAGCGGCGGCUCCUAUUCCAUCAAAACCCAGUUUAACUCUGAGGAGCAGUGGACAAAAGCUCUCAAGUUCAUGCUGACAAAUCUUAAGUGGGGUCUUGCUUGGGUAUCCUCACAAUUUUAUAACAAAUGACUUUUUUCCCUAGGGGGAGGUUUGCCUUAAAGGCUUUUAAUUUUGUUUUGUUUGCAAACAUGUUUUAAAUUAAAUUCGGGUAAUAUUAAACAGUACAUGUUUACAAUACCAAAAAAGAAAAAAUCCACAAAAGCCACUUUAUUUUAAAAUAUCAUGUGACAGAUACUUUCCAGAGCUACAACAUGCCAUCUAUAGCUGCCAGCCCUGGUCACAGUUUUGAUUCUUAACCCCAUGGACUCCUUUCCCUUUCUUCUCUGAAAAAAACUAAUUUAAAUUUGCUUUUUUUUUUUUUUUAACUGAGUUGAAUUGAGAUUGAUGUGUUUUCACUGGAUUUUUAUCUCUCUCAACUUCCUGCACUUAACAAUAUGAAAUAGAAACUUUUGUCUUUACUGAGACGAGGAUAUGUUUGAGAUGCACAGUUGGAUAAUGUGGGAAAAUGACAUCUAAGCUUUACCUGAUCACCAUGUGAUGUGAUCAGAUGCUUGAAAUUUAACACUUUUCACUUGGUUCUUAUACUGAAUGCCGACUCUGCUCUGUGUUAGAGAUAUGAAAUGGUGUUUGAUACUGUUUGAGACAUGAUGGAGAGAUUUAAUUAUUUGUAAUAAAAGAUUUGCUGCAGUCUGAAAACUG